AGCGUUGGAGCUGUCAAGAUGGCUGUCCUGGGCUCUUGUUAAAAGACUGAGAUGAUUUCAUCCGUGAGACACUGGCAGAUCACUAGCAACUCAUUUCGUCGCGGCGGCGGUAGAAGUAUUUCAUAUACACAGAGAUCUGCAGAUGGGUCAGGUUCUGUGGAGGGUGGUGAGGAACCAGCAGCUGCAGCAGCAGUACAGUGAACAGUGCUUCCUCCAGCAGGAGAGAGAGCAGGGCCGAAGGAUGGGUCCCCCACUGUCUGAACCGCUGCAGCAGCGCCGUACGCCACAGUGCCAGGUCGCCGGCUCCGACAUCAGUCACCUGCUGCGCGUCCGCAGGGGCAAAGGGGAGCAGGGCUUCAUCGAUCUUGAGAUGCUGCCGCCCGAACUCAGCAUCACCAUCCUCUCCUACCUGAAUGCUACCGACCUGUGCCUGGCCUCCUGUGUGUGGCAGGACUUGGGCAAUGAUGAGUACCUGUGGCAGGGCCUGUGCAAGUCCACUUGGGGUCACUGUUCCAUAUACAAUCGAAGGCUUCCAUAUGGAUUUUCCUAUAGAAAGCUCUAUAUGGAAUUAGAUGAAGGAAGUUUAACCUUCAACGCCAACCCGCAAGAGGGUAUCAGUUACUUCAUGUUCAGAGGUAUUCUUUUGGACCACCCGAAGGAAAUUGCCAAGUUUAUAUUCUAUACCAGAAUGCUCAACUGGAAGAUGCUGCGGAAUUAUCUUGAUGAACGGCGAGAUGUCCUGGAUGAGUUGGUCACACUUCAUAAUUUUAGUAACCAGUUCCUCCCUAAUGCACUGAGGGACUUCUUCAGACACAUUCAUGCCCCGGAGGAGCGGGGCGAGUACCUGGAGACCCUCAUCACUAAGUUUUCUCAUCGUUUCUGUGCCUGCAACCCCACUUUGGUCCGGGAAGUGGGCUUAAGUCCUGAUGCUGUGUACGUGCUGUGCUACUCCCUCAUCCUUCUCUCCAUCGAUCUGACCAGCCCUCACGUAAAGAACAAGAUGUCCAAAAGGGAGUUUAUCCGAAACACACGGCGGGCUGCUCAGAACAUCAGCGAGGACUUUGUAGGCCACCUCUAUGACAACAUCUAUCUGAUCGGUCACGUGGCGGCCUAGGCACUACAGCGCUUGACACGUCAGAGAGAGCUGGCACGUAA